AUGAUCAAGAAGAUGGGCAAAGGCAGAGCAGUAGUUGUCUACAUGGACUUUUGCAAAACCUUUGGCAAGCCAUCACCAGUUAAGAACAUUUUUAAUAACCUCAAUGGGGAAGCACACACGCCUUUGAAACAUUGUGAAGUAUCAGCAGUUUCGUCAAUACAUUCAUUCACUCAUACUUCAAUUGAGAAAAUGAGAUAUGAAAGGCCAUGUGAGUCAAUGGUUUCAACACGACCUACAUCUCCACUUGAAUCUGAGUCAUCCAUUCAAUUAAAGUCAUUGCCAGAACCAUUGCAGUCACCCUGUCUUUCAGUGGAUGUGAAAUCCUGCAAAUCAAAGAAAAUCUUUCAAGACAGAGCAACUACUCUUUUAUCACCAGUCCGCUCAGCAGCAAAGUCAACUUUCAACUCAGAUUUCUCACCUAUUGUAAGCUCAGUUUCCAUGCCUGAAGGGACUCCGUCAUGUUUACAAUCGUGUGAAGUCAAUGAAAAAGAUGAAGAGGUUCAGCAAGAAUUUCUCACGCUGAACAAAAAUAACAACUACACUACUAUGAAGAAGAGUUGUUCGUCUGAAAGUUCAAUUAUGACGGCAAGGUCAUCAAGCAACUUUACAAUGAGGACUAUUUCUAGCAAAAGAACCACUGCAGAGGAAACUCUAUCAACAUCGGCUGUUCUUGAAGAGGGGAGAAGAGGGAUGGAUAAAGUGCUUGAAAGUGAAGUGCAUCAAUCAGAGCUGACACAACACCAAUCACUGUUGUUAGCAGUCUUCAGUCAAAUCAAGGGAAAUAGCCAUCAGUCAGGUGGCUUAAUCCCAGUAAGUCAAGGGCAGCUUCUGAUACCAAUCCUGGGGCUUGAACACAGUUAUUCAGCCACAAUGGGUGUUCAGAUGCAGGAUUCUGUCCUCAUUGUGGAGGAAAAGUGGAAUAUCAGGCAGUCCUAUUUCUUCCCCAUUGUGGAUUGGUUUACUGUUGAAUAA